UCUCCCUCAGUGAUCUUCAGCUCAGCUCGGAGUCAUGAGGGGGCGCUGCAGAGCGUGAAGAUGGCCAACGCCGUGGCUUCCUACGACCAGCUGGCCCACCAGGUGGAGGCGCUCCGUAAGGAGAACUCCCACCUGAGGAGGGAGCUGGAGGACAACUCCAACCACCUGAACAAGCUGGAGACAGAGACCACCGGCAUGAAGGAGGUGCUGAAGCAGCUGCAGAGUAAACUGGAGCAGGAGGCGGGAACGCUGGCGUCGUCAGGGAGGAGCGAUGUGCUGCACCAGCUCAAAGAGCUCCACAUGGAUCUCACCAACUACUACGAACUGAAGCACCAACCUCACAACCUGCGGCUGCUGACGGACAGCCUGGGAGGGGCGGGGCUAACGGGAGGGGCGGGGCCUGGUGGCGGCGGAGGGGCGGAGCUAGACGAGCGGCUGGCCCUGCCCCCCUCCUCCUGCUCCUCCUCCUCGGCGGUCAGCAGGGCGAGGAGUCCGCUGAGGUCUGCGUCCCGUCUGAGCGCCGCGUCCAGCGGCGACGUCUCCGCCGCCGUCAUGCUGCCGCAUCACUUCCUGGACGGAGCGCCGCCAAAGACGGCGGUGAUCAGCGGCGCCGACGGACGGAUGAGCGACCACCACCAGGAGGAGCUCUACAAGGAGAGGAACCUCCUGCUGGGGGAGAUCGACCGUGAGGAGCGGGAGCGCUGCUGGUACUUCAGCCAGCUGGAGGCUCUGACUCAGAGACUGGCUCAGCUGCCGCGCAUCGACACGUUCUCCCUGCAGAUGGAUCUGAUCCGGCAGCAGCUGGAGUUCGAGGCGCAGCAGGUUCGCUCCGUGAUGGAGGAACGCUUCGGUACCAGCGACGAGAUGGUGCAGAGGACGCAGAUGCGUGUGGCUCGUCUGGAGCAGCUGGAGAAAGAGCUGCAGGAGGCCCGAGGGAGUCAAGAGACACAACUACAGCUGUCUGGAGCGGAGAAGCCUCCUGCUGGAGAACCGGAGAACAACUCGUCAGCUGCUGCAGCAGGAACAGACGCUCCUGCAGACGGAGGCAGCAAGGUGGAGAUGGUGUUCUGGCUGCUGUCCAUGCUGGCUAACAGAGACAAGGAGGAGAUGUCCCGGACUCUGCUGGCUCUGUCCAGCUCUCAGGACAGCUGCAUCGCCAUGAGGAAAUCCGGCUGCGUCCCGCUGCUGGUCCAGAUCCUCCACGAGGCGCCUGGUGGCGGUGGCGGGGAGACGGCGGCGGGCGCUACGACCACGGGCUGCAGCCGAGAGGCCAAAUCCAGAGCCAGUGCCGCCCUGCACAACAUCAUCUACUCCCAGCAGGACGAGGGCCAGGCCCGCCGCGAGAUGAGGGUCCUGCACAUGCUGGAGCAGGUCCGCACCUACUGCGACAGCGGCUGGGACUGGAUCGAGAGCCACGCCGGGACGCCGUCCCCCGGAGGAACCAAAACCACCGACAUCCCCGAGCCGGUGGACCCUCAGAUCUGUCAGGCCAUGUGUGCCGUCAUGAAGCUUUCCUUUGAGGAGGAGUACCGGCGCGCCAUGAACGAACUAGGCGGUCUGCAGGUGGUGGCUGACCUCAUCCACCUGGACCAGGACAUGUACGGCAUGCAGAACGACCCCAUCAACAUGGCUCUGCGCCGCUACGCCGGCAUGGCCGUGACCAACCUCACCUUCGGAGACGUCGUCAACAAGGCCACUCUGUGCUCCAAGAAGAGCUGUCUGCAGGCUCUGGUGGCUCAGCUGGCCUCAGACAGCGAGGAGCUCCACCAGGUGGUCUCCAGCAUCCUGAGGAACCUGUCCUGGAGAGCCGACAUCAGCAGCAAGAAAGUCCUCCGAGACAUCGGCUGUGUGUCUGCUCUGAUGACCUGCGCCCUGCAGGCCACCAAGGAGUCGACCCUGAAGAGCCUCCUGAGCGCUCUGUGGAACCUGUCGGCUCACAGCAUCGACAACAAGGUGGCCAUCUGUUCGGUGGACGGCGCUCUGGGCUUCCUGGUCAGCACGCUGACCUACCGCUGCCAGACCAACUCGCUCGCCAUCAUCGAGAGCGGAGGAGGAAUCCUUCGCAACGUGUCGAGUCUGGUCGCCACACGGGAAGACUACAGGCAAAUCCUCAGGGACCACAACUGCCUCCAGACUCUGCUGCAGCACCUGCGCUCCCACAGCCUGACCAUAGUGAGCAAUGCCUGCGGGACCCUCUGGAACCUUUCUGCCCGAAGUCCGAAAGACCAGGAGCUGCUGUGGGACCUCGGAGCCGUUAGCAUGCUGCGCAACCUGAUCCACUCCAAGCACAAGAUGAUAGCCAUGGGCAGCGCAGCAGCUCUGAGGAACCUGCUCACCAAUCGACCCCUGAAAUACAAAGAUGCUGCUGUUGUUUCCCCUGGCUCCUGCAUGCCCUCACUCUACAUGAGGAAACAGAAGGCUCUGGAGGCGGAGCUGGACGCCAAACACCUCGCGGAGACUUUUGAUACCCUUGAGAAACAAAGCCCCAAGCACCUGACACUCAACAAGCCGCUGCGGCACAUUGAGAGUCUGGCCAAGGAUUACGCAUCCGAUUCCGGUUGUUUUGAUGAUGACGAGGCCCCCAACGUCUCCAGCAGCCUGGACACUGGGAGCUUCUCUAUGUUGUCCAUGUUCCUCACCAACUCUAACUUCCUGCAAAACCAGCCACGUAAGAGGGACAGCGAACCCGAGAGAGACGUCGACAUGCCUCAGAUGGCCGAGAAGAGACAUGCACCUUCUGACGAUGUGGUAUCUGCCGCUGCAGAGAAGCUAGCAAAGAAGAUCACCAACACCGUUGCUAAGAUCGACCGGUUAGUGGACGACAUCACCAUGCACACGUCCUCGGAGGACAGUUUCAGUCUGAGCUCUGAAGACCACCUGGCGGACUGGCCUUACGGGAUGGAUGAACUCAAUGAAGCCCGGGCAAAAUCCUGCUCGCCCUGCCGACUCUCUGAAACAAGCAGCUUGGCCCACAGGGAGCGCCUCAGCAGAGCCCACGCCCUACUGCGCCUCAAAACCGCCCAUACAAGUGUGUCAACGGACAGCCUGAACAGUGGAAGCACCAGUGAUGGAUACUGCGGCAGCAAAGAUCAGAUGCGACCCACUCCAAGAGCUCUAAUGAUGCAACAACGACCCAAUCAGCUCGAUCUCAAGGUGGCUCAUCAGGAUUAUCUUAACGGAGGACCUGCUGCCCUGAGUGAGACUAACCAGCAGGAUAUUCCAGAGAGAGAUUCUGUGGACAACCAAGAUGUGAGACCUCCAGAGCAGAGCAGCACAGAUGCAGAAAAGAACCAGGAUCAACCUGCGCAAACACCUGUCAGUGUAUCCACUAAAGUCUCCUCUGAUGUCAGCAUGACUUCAAUUAAACUGUCUCCUUCUUAUCAACAAGUCCCACUCAUUCAGAGUGUGGCCAAAUUCGGUGUAGCAAAGACGGCCAUCAAUGUCCAGGCUGCCCAAGCAAUGAGGAGGCAAGCAUGGGUACCAACUGUGAUGACCGGUGGCAGCAUUACAAAGUUUUCUCCAAUGACGUCCACCAGAAGCCCAACCAUCGGGUCGAUGGAGACGGUCCAGAAAUACUCAGUGGAGAACACGCCGAUUUGCUUCUCCCGCUGCAGCUCACUGUCCUCCCUCUCUUCAGGCGACGGGGCGCUUGAUGGACAAAGUGAGAAUGAGCUGGAGAGCGACUCCUCAUUGGAAAUAAUUGAAGUGGAGGAUGGAGAAGUGGUAAAGAGAGCUGAAGAGGAUGAAACCUUGGAGGAUCUGAGUGACAGCCAGCUGCUGAUGACCGACUCAAAAACCUUCCCCAGCAAAGAGACAAACCCGAUUGAGAUUCCUUGUCCUGCCAAAAGAGAAAAGGUGUUCCUUCGUGGAGCUUCACCAGCCAUACUGGAGGACAGAUCUCCAUCCAGUUCAUCUGACAACUACAUCCAUGAGACACCCCUGGUAAUGAGUCGCUGUAGCUCAGUCAGUUCCCUGGGCAGCUUUGAGUCUCCCUCCAUUGCCAGCUCCAUCCAGAGCGAUCCUUGCAGUGAGAUGAUUGAUGGAACAAUAAGCCCUAGUGAUCUUCCCGACAGCCCAGGGCAAACCAUGCCUCCUAGCCGAAGCAAAACUCCAUGUUGCGUUGAGUCAAAUGGACCAGAAACACAAGCUGCAGGAAUAGCAGGGCAGUGGGAAAACAGCCUGCGAAAGUUCAUGGAGAUCGCAGACUCCAAAGAGAGAUUUAACCUUCCUCCAGACCUGGACACCAUGAUCUACUUCACUGUGGAAAAGCCCACUGAGAACUUCUCUUGUGCUUCGAGCUUAAGCGCUCUGCCUCUUCACGAACACUACAUACAAAAAGACGUGGAGCUGAAAUUGACCCCACUACUCCAGCAGAACGACAAAUUCCCUGAUGAGGACGAGCAAGGACACGACCACGGCGAGAGAUACAGUGAGGGCAACUCGGACGACGACAUAGAAAUCUUGAAGGAAUGCAUCAACUCUGCAAUGCCCUCCAAGUUCAGGAAAGUAAGACCUUCCCUGAUGACUACCAUCCCUUCUCAUAUUCUCAACUCCCGAAAGCCGAUACAUCUUCCAGUGUACAUGAUGCUCCCAAAUGGCAAAACCCAAAUAUAUCCUGGGAGGAGAAUUGUCAUCCCACAAAAGGAUGUCAGAUACGAUGACUCAUCCUUUACCGACUCUGCAGAAGGCACACCAGUCAACUUCUCCAGCACAACAUCACUAAGUGACGAAACACUUCAGUAUUCAGUGAAGGACAGAGGAGCUAAAGACUGCACGGCUAAAGGUAUGAACAAACAGGAAUACCUGGACGACGAGGCGAAGAGAAUCGAAGAUCUGAAGAUAUUCUCACACUUCCAUAAACCCAACAGGAUGAACUACCCACCAGAGAUACAAAUGAACCGAACAACCAAACAUAUCGUCCCCACUCAGAGGGUGCUGAUGCAGAGCAAAGAGGUAGCCGACAGAGUGGCAAACCAAAGACAUCGUGAUCACUCUCCUAACCAACAAAAGAAGAGGCAAGGUCAGGGCCAAGCCCGGAAAUUUGAACUGCCUGUCAUCAAGCAAAACACAGAAGGUAACCUCAACGUGGGAUCACAAAAAGGAAAAACAAUCUUCCGACAACUGACACAAUCCUCAGAGGAGAGUAACAGCUUCUACGAGGACAAAAAUGAAGCAAUGAAACGAACGAGUAGGAAACAGAUGAGGGAGGCAAGUAGAAAUACUCUCUCCCGCAGCAUGACCAAUAUUGGCAGGAUCGAUAAUUCCCAAGCAACAACCAGAGGGUUCCACAGGAUAAAACAGAAUCUGAUAAAAGAUGAAUCGAUGUGUUAUUCACUCAGCUCUUCACUGAGCUCACUGAGUGAUGCCGAGUUUGAGGAUCAUCAAUCAAAAGCUCAGCAAAUAUGGUACAAAAACAGACACAACAAAACGCUGAAUAUGAUGAAACAAACAAAGGCUAUGAACAUUCACAGCCAAUACGAAGAUCCGAGCUCGCCAAGCUCUGUCAGCAUGGAUUCGGAGGAUGACCUCCUUCAGAAGUGCAUAACAUCGGCUAUGCCCAAGCAGAGAAGGAAGCUUGCUGCCAGGAAGAAGAAAGAAAACAGUCAAAAACAAAAGGCCUCUGAUGUGUGGAACAUGGAUGAGGAGAUGGACAGCGAUGACACAGCCUGGGAUAAAGAUUCAGACCUCAAUAGUGUUGAAUGGAGAGCCAUACAAGAAGGUGCUAAUUGUGUUGUCACUGGGCUGCAGGCAUCAAAGUCUCAAGAGCCAUCCUCUGAAGAGACCGAAUCAGUCCUGUCAUUCAUGUCGACGUCCAGCUUUACACCCAAAGAAAGGAAGUUUGCUAAAGACAAAAAGGCAAAUAAACCUCUGGACUUUGCACCACGCAAGCCGGUUCCAAACCUUCCGGUGGUUUUCAGAGGCAGGACAGUGACCUAUACACCAAAAAAAGAAACGGCUCCAUCACAAAGACCUCCUCCCAGAAAAGUACCAACCAAGACAGAUGCUCCAAAGAACCCGAACCUUGCUCAGCACAGAUCAAAGAGCCUCCACCGAUUAGGUCACCCCCAGGACAUGGAACUGUCUUUGCCAAAGAGAAGCUCAACCCCACCUCCAAGGAUACCAAAAAGUUCAUCCUCUGGAUCAUCGCAAAGCUCUACACCGUCCAAACAGUCACAGAAGAAGAUAACAUCCCCGACUAAACCCGCCCAGAAAAAGAAUGCCUCUCCAGCCAGAAGCCCGCCAGCGAGCAGUCCCCCUGAAAGAAAGGGACGCUCUCCUGUUGUGAAUCACAAUGAAAGAUCCCCACCACCUAAAACUCAAAAGUCACCUGUUCGAAUCCCUUUUAUGCAAACUUCAGUCAGGCCAAGACCUCUGUCACCUCUGGUAAUUAACCACCCAACCGCCAGGCAAGGCAAUCAGGUCAACGGGAAGAGGGUGCCCCCCGGCAACCGGUAUGAGCUGGUCAGGAUGACUUCUGUCCAUUCAAGUGGCGCCGAGUCUGAGCGCAAUGGAUUCCUGAGACAGCUGACUUUCAUUAAGGAAUCACAAACUGCAAUGAGACGUGACGGCUCUGCACGCAACAUGCCUGGAUCUCAGAAUGGAUCGCCCCGCCGGGCAGUUCCUGGAGCUUCAGCUGUCUUCCUUUGCUCGUCACGGUGUCAGGAACUAAAGGUUGCUGCACAAACCCAGAGGAGGGUGCAAGUAAAAGCUCCAAGCCAAGCGCAAGUGCAAGUCCAGAGGCCAGACCGUGGCCUUCAGAAGCAGACUACCGCUCUCUCUAGAGCCACCUCCAGUGAAAGGGACCUAUCUGCAAGACGCCCCGCCAGGAGAACGAGCUCCGAAAGCCCCUGCAGGGCGGCUCAGCGAAACGGGCCUGGCAGAGUGCCCGGAGUCCGGCAGCAGCAACAGCAAGACAAAGAUACCUUUAAACGUCACGCCUCAUCACCAAGCAUCAACAUACUGAGCCGAGUGACCAGCCGGUCUUCCCUCCGCUCGUCUUCGUCCGAUUCAAGCGGAAGAGCAAAGAGCGAGGACGACACGAAGAAGAAAGGGCAGAGAUCUGCAUCGCGGCUGAACGACAGAGUCACCUGGAGGAGGAUCAGGGACGAAGAUGUACCUCAGAUCUUGAAAAGCACUCUGCCGGCCAAUGCAUUACCUCUGGUGCCUUCUCCUGACGGGGAAAAGCCAAAGCCACCAGCUCUUCCAGGAAAACUGCCAACCAUUUUACUUGCAUCUCGCAAGACAAGUGACGCGACAGUCCAGACGGAGGAUUUCUCAAACAAGACCAACUCGAGCACCUCUCCGUCCGUGGAAACAACUCGGGCGAUCUCGGAGGAAGUUGCACGAUUCGCGCUGCUCAGAAAGAUCAGCGCCACCUCUGGGAGUAACCUCCAGGAUGCAGAUUCAGACGUGUCCAUGAGGAGCCACAGCAGCGUCUCCACGGGAACGUCAGACAGCCACGUGGGCGGAGCUGUCCAUUUCCGCCAAGGAUCCCCCAGCAAGGCCGCCAGAAUCACCCCAUUCAACUACACCCCGAGCCCCAUUUCCUGCUCCCUGCAAGAGGGCCAACCAGCCACAAUCAAUGAAAAGUCUGAGGAAAAAAGUGAGUCGUAGGACGUUUAGAGGUUUGCUGGACGACUCUAGUGUGUUCCUGAACGAAACUCAGCACUCAGGUGGACAGACAGGGAGUGUGCUGGUUCCUUUACCUCGGGUAUUGACCCUUUACUUUCCCCCAUUCACUGCAUUCAAGUUUUUCUCUCCGAACUAUUGAUCACAGCUUCCAUCUACCACUCAUACAAGGUUGGAUGUAUGCAUUGAGACCGGUCUGACACGAGCAGACCAUCAAUAACUUUUAGAGAUGCACUUCGGAGGUCAAAUCUCACACGAAACGGGGAGUGCAUCUUUUUGUACUUUUUUUUGUAUUUGUAGAAUAAUCAUUGCCUGGUAGAAAUGUAGUGAAACCAUGAAGCAAAAGACAAUGAACUUGAUUUCAGCACAUAAAUCACCAUCGGUCUCCUGGACAGAAUCGAUUAAAGAACAAUAUUAUGCAAACUUUUGGAGGAUUACUCAGCUUGACUUUUACCUGAGGAGGUGCAAACUGUGGCGACUGUUGACAGACUCUCUAAGGACGCGAACACACUGACAUGUAAAGUAUUUUUUACACACAGUACAUCAACGUACAUCAACGCUUAGGGCCUUUCCCUUUCCAUCAACUGGAUAUGAUACACUGUUAGCCUACUAUACAUAACACGUCCAGUAGGGUUGGGGCGACAUUUUUGAUAAAACAUUUCUUCAAAUUAAUCGUACAAUUUAUUCCAUAUUUCUUUAAUUUUGGACUGGGAGAAAUGUGUAUUUCAGGUUGGAUAUAUAGAUCGAUAAUGGAAUUAGGAUGUACAAAGUUACUUUAAAGCAUUUUGAAACACAAUUUAAACAAUUAAAUCAAUUUGAGGGAACUGAUUAAUCAAAAACUAUUAACCUGAUGGUUUGGAUUUGCCAAUAUUGAUUAAAUCUAUCAGCGUAAAUAUAAUUUUGAUGUCAUAAAACUGAUAGAUAUUGUAAUAAAGUACAUUUUCUGGGGGGAAAAAUAAAAUGCAUCUAAUUCAGCUUGUUAGAUACCUGACUAAUUAGGGUAUUUAAUCGUUUGAAUUCAAUAUUUCCAAUAGGUGAUUGGAUUAAUUGCAUGCAAUGACCUAAAACAAACUUAAAUAUUACAGGAUUGCAAUACUGGUAUUAACAAUAUGGCAAAUUUACAAUAUGUUUAAUUCCCCUUGGUAGAUAUCCUCAUAUUGCCAAACCCUUCUUGUAGGAAUAAAAUACAGAGAGCUCAAAUUAUUAAUUUGAAGAUAUGAUUCAUCAUUAAUUUUUCACCCCAACACCUACUGGACUCUGCACAGCUUAUUAUAGAACAUUAGGGAUGCACCAUAUGGAUUUUCUCUGCUGAUAACCGAUAAUAACCUGCCAUAUUUGACUGCGAUUGUUCUUCUUGCAAACCAACUUUCACGGUGCAGAGCGCCACCUGCUGCAUCUAUUUUAUUUUAUUUUUUUAUUUUUUUUAUUUGAUAGGGACAAUGCAGUUAACAUAGAUACAGGACAUGCAUCCAAUGUGCUGCAUACAGACAUAUAGCUUCAGCUCAUUUUCAACUCCUGUCCCUAGUUUGGCUUUUACAAUUACAUACAAAAUCACAGUACUAUAAAAAUCCAAUAUACAAUUACCCCAUCUACAAAACAGAAUAAAAUUACAAACAAUUACAAUAUACAUUUACCCUGAGAAAGAAAAAAAAAAAAAACCCUGCAUAAAUAUAGUUUAGAGUUUAAGAUCCUCAUAAAUCUAUACAACAAUAAGGAGAAGAGAAAGAAAUAAAAUAGAGAAAAGGAAAAAAUAAAUCGUACAUACCAAUCCAAGGCAACUACUCAAACAAAUAUAUUCAAUACAAUACUACGACUCCUACUACUGUAUUUAUCUGCUAUAAUUUAAUUUUCAGAAAUCAUAAAUAUUGAAAAAACCGUCCCUUAUCUGCAGAUAAUGAACAUAUGGUGCAUCCCUGUAGUAAAUCAUGUCAUUUUCCAAACUAGCGGCUAAUUCCUGGUUAGCUUUCUCUCUCCUGUACUCUUCGUCUCGAUCAGUGUUGUAAAUAACAUGCAGAUAUACAAAAUCUUCAAAGCUUCCUGGCGAGCAGAAGGAUCUCUGACAGCAUGCUAAUAUAUCCACACACACACACACACACACACACAGCUGCUGACAUUGUGGGGACGUUGUUAUUGGGAGGUUUAAUGAAAGCAUCGGGAGCUUCUGCAGAGAGCUGCAGCCACAUUAUCCCGUGUCUGCUGAUCCAGACAGUUUGCUGUUGAGUAUUUCCUGUCGAGAAACAGAAAGACUGUUGGGAAGUCUUUCUAACGUGUUAAUAUCUGCUUAACUGUGUUGCUGUAACAGUAGUGAUAGGUGGAGAAGAAGUCCAAUAUAAAGACGAUGAAUAUUCUCUGUAGUUGUACCAUCACUCCUCCAUGUGGAACAGCUGACUGAGGGGCUGUUUGUCCAAAAGAACUGGGUUUAUAUGUAUUUAUUGACCUCCCUCCUGUAUCUGCAAAGCAUGUUUUGAGAAUAAAUAAAGCCGAGAAGCUUUGAAUGCAAA